AGAGGGCUUGGCCCCCAGAGAGGGCGGGGAGAUGACACAGUUGUUCCCCCAGCCCUGCGGGGCGGGCAGCACGGUUCACUCCAGCAUGGGGGCUCCAGAAAUAAGAAUGUCUAAGCCCCUGGAGGCCGAGAAGCAAGGUCUGGACUCCCCGGCAGAGCACACAGACACUGAAAGAAAUGGCCCAGACACUAACCAUCAGAACCCUCAGAAUAAGACCUCCCCGUUCUCCGUGUCCCCAACUGGCCCCAGCACCAAGAUCAAGGCUGAAGACCCCAGUGGCGACUCAGCCCCCGCAGCACCCCCGCCCCCCCAGCCAGCCCAGCCGCAUCUGCCCCAGGCCCAACUCAUGUUGACAGGCAGCCAGCUAGCCGGGCUCACGGCGCUGAUGCCGGCUCAGCAGCAGCUCCUCCUGCAGCAAGCCCAGGCCCAGCUCCUGGCCGCAGCCGUGCAGCAGUCCAAUGCCGCCGCGGCCGCUGCCGCCGCCUCCUCCACCUCCUCCUCCUCUUCCUCCUCCUCCUCCUCUGCCUCCUCCUCGACCUCGCAGCCCCCGGCCUCCUCUGGGGGAGGCGACCUGCCGCCACCACAGCCUGCCAGCCAGCCCCCGGCCCCACAGCUCACCCUGUCCCAGCCCAUCCAGCUCACAGCACAGGACAUACAGCAGCUCCUCCAGCUUCAGCAGCUGGUGCUUGUGCCGGGUCACCACCUCCAGCCACCCGCUCAGUUCCUGCUGCCGCAGGCCCAGCAGAGUCAGCCAGGCCUGCUACCGACGCCAAAUCUCUUCCAGCUACCUCAGCAAACCCAGGGAGCUCUUCUGACCUCCCAGCCCCGGGCCGGGCUGCCCACGCAGCCCCCCAAAUGCUUGGAGCCACCAUCCCACCCCGAGGAGCCCAGUGACCUGGAGGAGCUGGAGCAGUUCGCCCGCACCUUCAAGCAGCGCCGCAUCAAGCUGGGCUUCACGCAGGGUGACGUGGGCCUGGCCAUGGGCAAGCUCUACGGCAACGACUUUAGCCAGACGACCAUCUCCCGUUUCGAGGCCCUCAACCUGAGCUUCAAGAACAUGUGCAAACUCAAGCCCCUCCUGGAGAAGUGGCUCAAUGACGCAGAGACUAUGUCUGUGGACUCAAGUCUGCCCAGUCCCAACCAGCUGAGCAGCCCCAGCCUGGGUUUCGACGGGCUCCCCGGCCGGAGACGCAAGAAGAGGACCAGCAUUGAGACAAACGUCCGCUUCGCCUUAGAGAAGAGUUUUCUAGCGAACCAGAAGCCUACCUCAGAGGAGAUCCUGCUGAUCGCGGAGCAGCUGCACAUGGAGAAGGAGGUGAUCCGCGUCUGGUUCUGCAACCGGCGCCAGAAGGAAAAACGCAUCAACCCCUGCAGCGCAGCCCCCAUGUUGCCCAGCCCGGGGAAGCCGGCCAGCUACAGCCCCCAUCUGGUCACACCCCAAGGGGGCGCCGGGACCUUGCCAUUGUCCCAAGCUUCCAGCAGUCUGAGCACAACAGUUACUACCUUAUCCUCAGCUGUGGGGACGCUCCACCCCAGCCGGACAGCCGGAGGGGGUGGGGGCGGGGGCGGGGCCGCGCCCCCCCUCAAUUCCAUCCCCUCUGUCACUCCCCCACCCCCGGCCACCACCAACAGCACAAAUCCCAGCCCUCAAGGCAGCCACUCGGCUAUCGGCUUGUCGGGCCUGAACCCCAGCACGGGAAGCACAAUGGUGGGGUUGAGCUCCGGGCUGAGUCCAGCCCUCAUGAGCAACAACCCUUUGGCCACUAUCCAAGCCCUGGCCUCUGGUGGAACCCUGCCCCUUACCAGCCUUGACGGCAGCGGGAACCUGGUGCUGGGGGCGGCCGGCGCGGCCCCGGGGAGCCCCGGCCUGGUGACCUCGCCGCUCUUCUUGAACCACGCUGGGCUGCCCCUGCUCAGCGCCCCGCCUGGCGUGGGCCUGGUCUCGGCAGCGGCUGCGGCCGUGGCAGCCUCCAUCUCCAGCAAGUCUCCAGGCCUCUCCUCGUCCUCCUCCUCGUCCUCGUCCUCCUCCUCCACUUGCAGUGAGGCGGCAGCACAGACCCCUGGAGGCCCCGGGGGCCCCGAGGCAGGGUCCAAGCCCGAGUGAGGGCCCACCUUGCCUCCCCUCCUACUCCUCUGACCCCCCACCUCAGUCCCCCGCCUGGGAAGAGGGCGAGGAGGCCAGCAGUGGUGGGGCGGAGGGUCCUUGGACAGGAGUGACAAGGGAGGAAAGACCAAAAACAAAAACAAAAAACCCCAACUAACCAAAAAAAAAAACACAAAAAAAAAAAACCCCAAACAAAACACACACACAAAAAGAAAGAAGGAAAGAAAAUGAAAGAAACCAACCAACAAAAAAGAAACCAAAAAUAAUCACAACAGAAACCAGCUGCCCCAAAGGAACCAGAGGUGAAAAACAAAAACCAAAACCAAAAAUCCCCCAACAAAACCAAACCAAAAACCAGUUGCGAGCCAGACCUCAGUGUGCUCACCCUCACCGCUACGACACCAAAUACGAACCCCAGCCAGGGGCAGAGAAGCCUCUGCAGGGAGGACCUCGCGCCGAGCCUCUGGCUGUGGGGCCAACCCCCAACGUUGCCUCCCCCAGUGGGGGCCAGAGAAGGCAAAAGAGAAUGUGCCAGCCUCCAGCCCCAGCCCCCAGCCCUGGGCCAGUGAAGACGGGGCACAGCCUGGGGCCGAUGGGGUGGGCCCAGAACCACCCGCCAAAUGUUCUUUUCCAGAAGGUGAAAGAGAAGGGCCUGAACAACCUUACACCAAAUAUUCAGUAGCUUCAUCCAAAGGAUGUACAGAAUUUUUAGCGUUGCGCUCAACAGAAUGUGUCCCUACCAUGUGUCCCCCCUUUCCCUCGACCCCCAACUCUCCCCACCUGGGCAGGGGGUCUCGCUUUAACCUCCUCCCCUCCCCCAGCCAGGGGAGAGUUCAGGGGCAGGCCUGGGAUGACUUUUCAGCCCUUGUACCUCCCCCCUUUUCCCUUUGAAGGGUGGGCUAGGCUGUUUUGCGAAGUUCUAGCUCUCACAUGUCCCCCCUCAACUCUGUCACCCUCCUCUGCUCUGGAAUCUACCCCCCUCCCCAGCCCAGGGGAAGGUGGAAGCUUCAGGCAAGAGGGGAUGAGGUGAGGGCAUUCAAGUUGUCUUUUUUUCCAUCCUCGUCUGUCAGUUUCCCUGAAAAAAAAAAAAAUUCAUAUUCCAGUGCCUAUCCGUGGGAUCCUUCACGUUCUUUGACAUUGACCAGAAACCAAAAAGAGAACUCACCUCGCUCUUCCCACCCUGUGCCCCUCUGAUACUGGCAGAUGCCUCUUCCUCUCCUCCCCCCCCCCACACAUAUAUACACGCACGCACCCCAGUGGUGGGGUUCCUCGAGGUGGCAUCCCCAUCAGGGUCCAUGUGGCGGGGACAGUGCCAUGAUCUGUGGUCCCCAUCCGAGAGGGCGCUGUGGUGGCCACCACUCCCACAAGACUUCCCUCGAGUGUUGGCUGGACCCGUUUGCCCAGCCCUGGAUACAUCUCGACGGACAGAGGAGAGACAUCGCUGGGAGCCACUUUUGCCCUCCUGCUAUUGUGGAGGCCAACAAAGUUUUGAACCAAAAAAAAACAAAAACAAAAAACAAAAAAAACCAAACAAACAAUAAAUUAAAACUAGAAAAAAAAAA